ACCGCGCUCAAACCAACGCAAGCGAACGCCUGCAGUUGGGCUGCUGCUGCUGUUGUGCACCCUUCUUCUUGGCUUGCGGUUCCUUGCUGCACCCUUAUUGUUGAUUGCCACGUGGUGGUUCGUGGUUGCAGUCGUUGUUGUGGGUGAGCACAGCCACAGGCACAGUUAUCCACACGCACGCGCAUCUAGACAUCAACAGGCACGCGCAGACACAUAGGCAUCCCCCUCUCCCUCCCUCUCUUUUCUUUUUCUUCCUUUUCACAUCAGUCAGUCUGCUGCGCGAUUGGUGAAUGCGAUAAGCAACUGUAGGAACGACGGUGACGAUGAAAGGCAAGACAUCUGUGUCUUCCCGAAGGCUUGGGAGACGGAUAUUGGACCAAGUAGCACGGCAACGAAGACGGAAGCACUACCUCGAUGCCCUUCACGAAAACUGCUCCUUGCAACGCCCAGACAUUCCCAUGCUGGACAACCCUCCAAAGUCAUCGCACACAACAAAGAAGCACAAGCUCUCUGGCCACAGAAGACGGCGCGAGCCAUCCUUUUACCGAGCGCGGCUGAGCCUAAGCACACUGAUUGCGGACGAGCAAGAGAGGUUACGGGACGAACAGUUGCAGCAUGGGGCAGAGUUGAGCCAAGCCGACGAGUUGACAGAGGACGGCAGCCAGCCGCCAAAGCGAUCCAAAGCGCAGCAGAAGGCGGCCUCCGCCCCGGGCAGCGCAGCCAAGCGACGCCGACCCGCCAAGAAGGGCCGUCGAUCCGCCAUCUCAUCAUCAUCCUCCACGUCAUCCACAAGUGCAACCACCGCUGGUACUGCCACUACUGCUGCUGCUGGUAGCAAGACGGGGAGCGGGGCACACACGCCAGCCAAGGCGAGCAGUGGCAACAGCAGCAGGAAAGGCAGUCGUACCACCAUCACCGCCAUCACAUCGCCAUCUUCAUCGUCAACCCCGCGUGGAAAGAGCCGUGACCACGAGCACACUGCACCCCAGGCCCCGCUGCUGUGCGCAUAUCUGCGCGCACAGGCGCCGCGUGCGCGUGUUCCUCCCCGCCCCAUAUGCGCUGUGUGCGGGUUCAUGGCCAAGUACACGUGCAUCGCCUGCGGUGCAAAGUACUGCUCCCUCAAAUGCGAGAAGCACCACGUCGCCACAAGAUGCACGUGAAAUCAGCCGGUUCUUUCUAGUUAGACGCAGCUUUAUCGCAACCAAACACGCACAUGCACACACAUGUGCGUGCGUACUUUUUUCGCCUUCCUCUUCUCCUUUGGUUGUAACUAAGCAUCUUCACUUUGCUCUCUCCUCGCGUCACCGUUCUCAGUUUAACUCUUCACAAAGCAGCGUUUGUUACGUUAGGAUGCAUCCUCUGUUUCACCCCACCCCCCCCCCCCUCUCUCUCGCACGCGC